AUGCAUCAUAACAUUAAUAGUGGCGGGGUGUGGGGGCCUUCACAGAGCUCUAGGGACGAGGUAGUGGGGGCCCUCACAACUGAUUUUGGCUCUUUCUCUGCAUCAAAAGAGCAUGAUGUUUACGAAGAAGAGUACGAGAAAAAUGCUAGAACAAGAAAUAUUUCAUCUUUCGGAAUUCAAGAAAUUCCAGAUGAUCAAAAGGAGGAAAUAACUUAUCAGAAGGAAACAGUUGAUCAGAAAUUACCUGAAGAAAAGAUUAUAAAAACGGCUAUGCAUGUGCACGUGCCUGUGCCAAUGGCUCAUGUGAAUACUGAAACUGAGGAAGAAGGUAAACAGAUAAUUACAAUCAACGAGAACGUCAAAAGUCCAACUGAAAAUUUGGACCAAAGAAAACAAGAAAUUGAUCAGAAAAAUGGGGCAGGCCAAGAGGAAGAGAAGAAGAAGAUCGCUCGCUUCAAUUCUGAGAAAAUGACAAUGGAGUUCAAGCAAGAAGAAAAAACUGUCUUGCAGAGGUCACUUUCCGAUAUGAAUGAAGGGAGUGUCGAAGAAAACGAGUUUUCGGCCAUGUCAGUUGAAGAACUGAAUAGAAGAGUUGAGGAGUUCAUUCGAAGAUUUAACAGAGAAAUUAGGGAUCAGGCAGCAAGAAAUAGGCAUUGA